UUUUAUGUAUUGCGUUAUGAGUUAGUCUUAAAAAUUUAUAUUAUUAUGUACAUACAUAGAUAAUAAAGUGCUGCUCUCUAGAUGUGUUCUUUACAUAGGUCGACGGUUCUUUACACGCGCACACUGAUCACUAGUACAUAUAUGUACAAUCCAGUAAAUGGUACAACCUAUCUAUACAUACAACUAAGCACAUAUGGAUCAUAUACUGAUGUAAAUACGCAUGCAUAUAUGUAUUAUAAGUUCGUUCAUAGUGAUCUCGUGACUAACCAAGCCGUCCAGCGCGUCGUUUUGUUUUGAUCCUGUUUAUUCCUGACGCGAUCAAAUUUUCGCAAAAUGUGUCAUUAAAAAUUAUGUUAACUGAGUUCUCAAUCAUUGAUGGUUUCAUUUGUGGCUAUUGUUUAAUAAACAGUGAAUAAUGAGUUCAAAUAAAAAUGAAAUUACGAUCAAACGUGCGGCGGAUAAAGGUGAUAGGAUUAAACAUCAACGUACUUCGUUGGCUGUCAAUUUAAGUUGUUCGUCAAACUUAACAGAUUCUGGAAAUGGGUCACUCAAGCAAAUAAACAUCGAAUGUAACGAUAAUCCAUCUUCACCUGCUCUCAUUUCUAAUACUACCCAAAGAAACAAAAGAUACCGAAAUCGAAGUUUUAGAGAUAGGCAAGUGUCUGUGAACAAUACUUCCAGUUCAGUUCAUCAUGAUAUACUUUCAAAUCAAGUGAGUGUGGUUUUGGAAAGAAUAGAAAACGAUGCUGAAUAUUUAGAUAAAAGUUGUGAAAUAUUAAAGCAAGUUAUUUUGACAAAGACCAAACAAAUGUUUGAUAUGCAGAACGAACUGUCUGUUAAAACUGAAGCGAUUCUAAGCAAAAGCUUAAACCAACGCAUUGAUACGACUCCAAAGGAUAAGCACAGGAAUAAAAACCUGACAAAACAAAGAAAACAAUUUACUUUUAAUAAAAGACGAUUGUUUGAAAACAAAUUGAAUAUUAAAGUACAUAGCAAUGUUAAUGUACCAGUUCAAAGCAAUCAAAAUCUUGAUAUUUCAAAUUUAUCUACAAAUAUAUCCUCGGCGCCAAUUCUUGCUGAUGAAAGAGAAGAAAACAAAACUAAUUGCACUGUUGCAUCGAAAGAUAAAUAUCCUUCGAAUUUAAAUGUUUCAGAUGAUAGUAUAUUUGCAGCAGUGCCUAUUGGUUGUUCCACAAUGAUACAUGAUGAGACAUCAGAUAAAGAUCAAGAACCGCAUAGCAAUAUUAAUGAAAUAGGUUCUCAUUAUGUGACAAAUAAAGAUGCAAUACCUAUGGAUAUAACAAAUAUCCAGCAAGUGCGUGUAUUAUGUAAUAAUGGAAACUCUUUGAUUACUAAACAGGGUAGCAAAUCACAAUUUAGCAAUCAAAGAAUUUCUGUCGAAGAACAUAGUGCGAAAACAACACAAUCUUCUUUAGUUGUAAACACAUCUACUAAUGGUUUAGAUAAAGAUAACAGACACAAGAGAAGUAUCUGCUCAACAAUUUUAGGAGGAGCAGAGCAGAAUACAAAUAUAAUUAGUACUUCACUACAAAUGAAUACAUCUUUAGAUGUUUCAAAUAAAUUAUGUUCACGAGGAAGCAAUAUUUCUAGAGAAAUGUUGAAAUUGAAUAGUACAGUAAAUAAAAACAAUGACACGAAAAAAGAAGUUGAUGGCGUCAAUAUAGUUGAAAUGGAAAGUUCCAAACAUCAAGAAACAAAAAAUAAUGAACCAUGUAGAGAUCCGUCUAAUGUUAUUGCUUUAAAAGAUAAAAUAAUCAUAAAUGAAGUUCAAGGUAGUCAAAGCUAUGUUGAAGCUACUCCUUAUCCAACAUGUCGUUCUGUUUUUUUGAAGACACAAUUGCAACAAAAUAUGAAACAAAAUACAUCUAAAGAAUAUAGGAAAUCAUGUUCUGAACAAGAGACGAGAAGAAGUAAAUCUAUAAUCUUAGAUAAUUCGUCUUUAAAUUCCUAUUCAAAACCGCGAAAAUCAAUAAUUAUAAAUGAAUCAACUGAUGAUAGUGAAUUAUCAAAAAUUCAAGUUGCAAAAAAUUUUGAAAUGCCUCCACCUACAAGAAAGAAUAAGAAAAGAUUAUUGCCUUUACGCGAAUCUUCACAAUUAUUAACAUUUUCUCCAAUGGAAAAUGAAAAUUUACUACCUGGACAUUUAGGGUUAAAGAACAGAUGUAAAAAAAGAAAAAAACAACGUGAAAAUAAGAAACUUACUGCAGUGGAUAAACACAGAAAUGUAGAACACAUCAAUGAAGGAGGCAGUGAUCGAUUAGAAUUAGGAAAUAAUUCUGUUACCUGUGAUACAAAGGUACGGCAGAAAAAACCUAGGAAAGUUAUGAGCAAAAAGAUUAUUGUUAAACAACUUGCUGGUAAUGAUGAUAUUCUAAGGAGAUUAAAGGAAAAUAGCACUAAUGUGACACAAACCUGUAUUUCAAACAGGAAUUCGUUGAACGAUUUUCAGUCUUUAAACAAACAAUCUUCUACACGCUCAAGAAUGAAAAAAGCGCAAAGAAUAAAUAUAGUCAUGACCGGUUUAUGCAACGAUGAUAAAAAUAUCGUUAAAAGCGUGGUCAAAUCUCUGGGUCAUGCAAAAAUUGAAUCAAACGUUACGAAACGAACAACGCACGUUGUAACCACGGGUGUGCGAACAAUAAACUUGCUACACGGAAUCAUACGUGGUUGUUGGCUUGUAAGCCUUGAAUGGGUUUUGAAGUCGUUAGAAAAUAGUGCAUGGUUAAAUCCAGAGGAAUACGAGAUGACGCACUUUUCAAAAGCAGUAUUAGAAAACCGUAAAGAUAGACAAUUAUUCGGAACUGCAUACGUUCCUGAACUGUUCGCCGCUUGCGGACAGUUAUACAUUGGGAAAGGUACAACGCCUCCGUAUAAUGUAUUGAAAGAUCUUAUAAAAACUGCAGGUGGUCAUAUUACUGAACGUCCAGAAGCAGCAAAAAUUAUAAUUGAUGCAAAGGGUUUAAAAGAAACUUGGGUACUAGAUUGUAUCACAACAGGUGAACUGCAACCAUUUGAUCAGUAUCGGCGAUCUUAAACAUUAAGAUACUUCGAUUUAAGAGUAAAAGUAAAAUAUAGAUGAAAUAUUUUGUUAAAUUAUUUACACAUUUACUUAACUUCGUAGAUAUAAUAUAAUUGUAUCUAAUAGAAAUAAUUUUCUACUUUUGUAUGUGUAUAUGAAAUUAAAUACCAUCGUACAUUGUUGUGAAU